AUGAACGCCACUACUGCAUUUCGGGCUCUUGUUUUGAAGAGGCUUGAUAUCGUUGCUGGUACUGAAAAGAAGUACUCUAAGAAGAUUGAUGUGUUGUUGGCUUGCUCUCCCGUGAAACAAUUUCAAGCAGGUUUGAAAAACACUGUUUAUAUUCCUUCUGCUGAAGAAAUCUCAUCCAAAUCAUGGCCUCAGUUGGUGGAGAGUUUUCCCUUUGUCCAACAAGUUGCAUCGGUCUUGGAGAAACGGAACGUCCUUGUUGAAUUUGUCAAAGGAUUGGUACGAGGACAACAUCCUGAUGAGGAGGGAUUUGCUAAAGAGUUUCUCGAUAAAUCUCCAGAUAUCCAAACUUGCUACGAUCUACUGAGAAGCAACAAGUUGGAAGAAGAGCUCAAGAACAUCAUGUUCAAAGCCAUAUUGAAAGAUACGCCUGUACAGAUGUUUCUUGAUGAUCUCUUUUCUGAAUUCAAAGAAGAAAUUAUCAAGGAAAACCUUUCAUCUGCUUCGGUUAUUGAGGCUGGGCUUAAGAAAAAAGGGAUGCAAACAACACCAUUAGUCGUCUCCCUUGCUUUAAGCGUAGGUGCGGAUGGCUUAAAGAGGUUCUAUGAGAAGAGCAAGCACUUUAAGUUGUGGCAGACAAUGUUGGACGAGAACUCUCGUCUAAACCAAUGUUGCGCUAUUUCGAGAUUUAGAUCAGAAGCUGACAACAUUGAAGUUGCACAAACACUACUCCAAGCUACUCGUGAGGCAGUGGCUGAAGAGUAUAACGAACUUGUGUCCAAACAUUAUCAAUCAACGCUUCUCAAAAAGGAGGCCCAACCAAUUCCAUCCUCAACAAAAAAAAAAGCGAUGACCAAAACACCCACUCCACAAUCAUCCAACAACAAGAUUGAAAUCACUUCAGCUUCAUCGCCUUCCUCUCAACAAUCAUCCAACAACAAGAUUGAAACCUCUACUGCUUCAUCAUCCAACAACGUGGAAACAAAUACAUCGCCUCCUUCAGCAACCAUCCAACGUUGA